AUGACUAUGAACAACCCCAUGGUCUCACUAUUGACUGACAACAAGCUCUUUGGAGCUAACUUUGUCAAAUGGAGAGAGAAUAUUAAUAUUGCUAUCAUUUGUGAAAAUUCCUUGUUUGUGUCGACUAAAGAGGCUCUUGAGCAACCAGGUGAGAAUGCAACCAAGGCAAUCAAGGAAAAGUUUGAGCGUUGGCAGAAUGCUAACAACAAAGCUCGAUACUUUAUGUUGUCUAGCAAGGUCGACACCUUAAAAAUAAGAUUUCCCAAUACUCUCACGACUGUAGAUAUCAUGAAGCAGUUGACUGAACUGUUUGGGAUGGCGUCAAUUCAAGCUCGUUUUGAGGUGACCAAGAAUUUCAUCAAUGCACGGAUGAAACCUCAUCAGAACGUGCGUGAUCACCUGCUCCAAAUGACUAGUUACUUCCAAGAGGCUGAGAAUCAUGGAGCUAUUAUAGAUCAGACAACUCAAGUGAGUUUGAUCUUGAAUAGUUUGACUCCAACUUUUCUGCCCUUUACAUUAAAUUAUGUCAUGAACAAGUUGGAUUUUGACUUCUACGAGUUAAUCAACAACCUUCAGAGAUUUGAAAAUUUGAUUAGAGAACCAUAG